AUGAUAGCUUCCGUCGAACCACAGUCACUCUCUAUAGUCGAGGCAACAGUCUCAAAUCUGGCAAACGCGCUCUCAAAAGGCCAAACCAACAGCGUUGAAUUAGUCGUGAAGUCGCUGCUCCGUGUCGCAAAGUAUGAUCGUCGCUUUACUCUUCUCAACUCGAUCCCCAUCAUCAACCAAGAUGUAUUCGCUGCAGCACAAGCUUCUGAUCAGCGCCGAGCAUCCGGCCAGUCAAUCGGUCCACUGGAUGGUAUACCAUGCACGGUCAAAGACUCCUACAAGAUGGCUGGUAUGACCGUAGCCGCAGGAUCACCUGCUUUUGAACAUCUUGUUGCCAACGAAGAUGCUUUCACCGUCGCAAAAAUUAAGGAGGCCGGUGGAGUCAUCCUGGGUCGAACAAACAUGCCUCCUAUGGCGGCAGGAGGCAUGCAACGAGGUGUUUACGAUCGUGCUGAAUCGCCAUACAACGCCGAUUAUUUGACUGCCGCCUUCGCAUCUGGUUCAUCGAACGGGAGUGCCACAGCGACCGCUGCAAGCUUUGGCGUGUUUGGCAUGAGUGAGGAGACCAUUUCUUCGGGACGAUCACCUGCCUCGAACGAUGGCUUGGUUGCCUACACUCCGUCCAGAGGUAUUCUCUCCAUUCGUGGUAACUGGCCGCUGUUUCCUACUUGCGAUGUGGUUGUGCCACAUACGAGAACCAUGACGGAUAUGUUUGCACUCCUUGACGUGAUUGCUGUCAAAGACGAUAAGAACACUUGCGACUUCUGGCGGGAGCAGCCAUUCGUCGGACUUCCGGAGAUUGAUACUGUACGUCCAACAUCGUACCAGGAUCUUUCUAAUGCAAACGCACUUGCCGACAAGAAGAUUGCAGUGCCAAAGAUGUACGUCGGCGGAAAAGACUCUGAUUCUCGGGCUCGAAAUGUGCACGCGCCAUCUCUAGACGCUGUUGUUAUUGAAGUGGAUUUCCCUGUCGUCAACACUUUCGAUGCAACUGACAGCCCCGAUGCCUCAGAUCAGGCAUCGGCUCCACCUCAUCGCAAUGAUGUCGACAUGUCACAGCUCAUGGCAUUUGCAUGGGAUGACUUCCUCGCUGCCAAUGGCGACGCAAGAGUUGCAACAUCCCUGGCGCAGAUAGCUUCAGGAACCAUAUUCCCUCGUCCACCAGGUGCCCUGCUCGAUCGCUAUGAUCAACAGGACCCGCUCGUCCGGCACAAAGAUGUUGUUGCGCACAUCACAUCCAACCGGCCUCGGACCUACGACAUUCCAGGUUUGGGCCAAGCACUCCACAACCUGGAGACUCGCCGCAAGACAGACUUUGAAGACUGGCUGGCUGCAGAGGGUAUCGAUGCUGUUGUCUGGCCUUGCAAUGCGGAUGUCGGCAGAGCAGAUUCGGAUACCAAUGAAAAGUCCGCAAUCGAGGCCUGGCGUAAGGGCGUGUUGUACUCGAACGGCAACUGUGCUAUCAGACAGCUGGGCAUUCCUACUGUAAGCGUGCCCAUGGGAAUCAUGGCUGAUACGAAGAUGCCUGUCAAUUUGACAUUCGCUGGCAAGGCGUAUGACGAUAGUGCACUUUUCGAGUACGCGUUUGCAUUCGAGCAGGCUACGCGGUUGCGACAGACGCCCGGAAGAACACCAGCGCUUCCGACAGACAAGAUCACGAUUUCAAACUCGGCAGGCAAGCUCGGAGAUCUGCCACCGCGCCUGACAGUGAACGGAAUCGAAACUAUGGUUGAGGAGAAGAUGGAGAAGAUCCACAUAUCCGGCACUCUAGAUGGCAAGGAGCUGUCGGAACUGCAUUUAUAUGUAGACGGAGAUGAGGUUCAUACCAUCUCGGUUGUUCAAGGGGUUUGGAGCGCAGCUAUUGACAUCUCUGUAGAUGUGCACUGGUCCCAAGUGAAGCCAGAAGAGAAGAGAGUGCCGGAUCUGGGCAAAGUAAUGGUCAUCGUUCUUGCUACAGGAAGUAACGGGCGUUCAUCGGCCGAGAUGGUGUUUGUCUAG